UUUCAUUUCCUCCACCAACGUGUCUUCAGUCUUCAAAGCUCACCGUCAACAGCAUGUCUGAUUCAGAAAGCUCAACCCACGCCGUUAGCCCCAAGGUCGGUACUGUCGCAAGACCGCCAGGUGCACAGGUUCGGCGGAGGGCUGCAAACACGCAGGUAAAACCCAAUUCAACGCGUGCGGCAGGAGCUGGCGGCUCUUCGGGGACAAUGCUGAAACUUUACACUGACGACUCACCAGGGUUGCGAGUAGACCCAUAUGUCGUCCUCAUUCUCUCGUUGGCGUUCAUUGGAUCUAUCUUCUUUUUGCAUAUUUCCGCUAAAAUAAUCCGGUCUUUCACCAAGUGAUAUCUUCGUAAUGGACUCCUUUAUGCACUCUUGACUAUAUCCCCCUAUUGCGGAACAUGUGCACUCGGCGCUUGCGUCGUAUGUCAUGCUGUAUGAAAACUUAUCGCACAGUGAGGCGCUGCGUACCCUCUCGUCAUCCAAUUGCCUGGACUGUCUUGGCGAUACUUUAUCGCUUUCUAUCAUCUGCUGACAUUCUGAAAAAAUAUCGCACGGUGACUCGUCGGUGAGGCGCUGUAUAUCCUCUCGUCAUCCAAUUGUCUGGUGGGAUGGUGUGGACUAUAUUUGCGAGAACUUAAGCUUUCCAAUAUCUCCUGCUCAAUUCUGCAUCCUGAAGGAGUUGCAGACUGGGGGACAUG